UUGUUACACGAGGUUGGCAGUCCUGAUAUCUGUUUGCGGAUGAUUGUCAAAACCUACUUUCUCAGCGAAGUCUUCAGCUUUGCAUGGCAGUUCGAAGGAUAACAUCAUGACUGUAUUUGACUUGUAGAAGGGAAAGAGGAGCUCAGUGAAGCCAGAAGGGAUAUCGUGCGUCUGUUUAGCAAGGAUGGGCUGCUGGCCGUAGUGUGCGACUCAACAACUGAUCCACGUCUCUGUCUUCACGUCAGGUUCACAACGAUCAGCCGAUAUAUUGUACUUCGAUGGAGCUUACUCGCGCGUGACAACAACUUUCGGGACACCAGGCUCAACUUUUGCCAGGUAGCCCCUCUUCUGAUCUAUCAGCCGUACGAGACUUGCUUUGUUCCGUAAAAUCCUGUCCACAUUUCUCCUUGACGUGACGCUUGUGCGACAUAAAAGCGCUAGAGAUUGCGAUAGCUGUCUGUAUUCACAUUACUGUGGCAGCUUUUAUUUUCUUAUAUCCAAUCGACAUGUUUACCACAUGACAUGAACUUUGUUGUAUGACUAAUGAAUACUAUCACCGAUCUUUAUGGAAAUUACCUAUUCGCCAUAUCUUAUGACAUGAAAAUAUGCAAAAUUCAAUUACCAUAAGCAACAAUAACAAUUUGUCAAGAUAUUCAAUGUAACUUUCGAUUCACGUUUAUGCUUUAUAAAUAUAUUUCAUUCGAGCCUCGAUAUUAAAGUGUCUAUGCAUUAGAGACAAUAGGAUUUACAAGAUAAAAGGGUCAUACAGAGAAAAUGAGUAACAGGCUUGAAGAACGAGAGUCGAAAUGGACCUGUGAAUAUUGUACAUACGAAAACUGGCCUUCUUCUUUGAAAUGCACAAUGUGCAGAAGUGCCAAGCCUUUAUUAGGGGAGGAUAUUUACCGUCUAAGGGAUCCAAGUCCACAAAGAUCUGGAUCGAACGUUGCGUCUGGUCCAGUAACUCAUUUAAGUCCUACGGAUUCUUAUAAUCUUAGUCCUCAGAAUUAUAGUCAGAAUGUACCAUCGGGUGGAAAGUGGUCUUGUGCAAUGUGUACCUAUCUUAACUAUCAAAAUACCACACGUUGUGUUCAGUGUGGAAAUAAAAAACCCAUGGGUCUCAAUCAGUCUAUACACUCCAUAGCUUCGAAUUUGCAUGAACAUCUAGCACCCCUUAGGCUAGGAGAUCCACCACCAAAUUCAGGAUCUAUACCUCCUCCAAUAAAUUUACACCCAGAAAGAUAUUAUAAUUUACAAACUAAUUUACACCCUGAAAAGUGGUCUUGCCUCGUUUGUACUUAUGAAAAUUGGCCAAAAGCUACGAAGUGUGUGAUGUGUGGUAAUCCUAAAGAAAAAGACAGAAGAGAUAAAAGCGCCAAUAAUGUGGGUAUUAUUUUGCCAAGUCCAGAAAGAGAUCACAGUCAACGCAACUUAUCCUCUCCACCCCAUGUACCAUAUAUUCAUCAAACUCAAAGGGAUGAGAAUAUGGCUGUAGGACGAAGGGGCUCGCAUAGAUAUUCUGAUAGCAGGAAUGACAAUUUAUCGACUCCUCAAUCUCCUAAUAAUUGUGACUAUGAACGUAGAUUAAAGCAGCUAAGGCGUCAUACUGAUUGGUGCUGGUUAAAUGCAUGUCUUGGCAUUGUGGAAGGCGACAAUGCUCCUGUCGAGGCUUAUUUGGCAAGCGGAGGUGAUCCUGCUCGUCAGUUGACGCACUCGGAAGUUCUGCUUCUUAAUAGAAGUAGUGCUUUUGAUGUCGGACAUACUCUAGUACAUUUAGCAAUUAGAUUUCAAAGAGAAGAUAUUCUAGCAACAUUAUUAUCACAAAUUGAAGGUUCAGGUUCUGGAGUUAAAAGGGUACCAAGUUAUGUUGCACCAGAUUUGGCUGCUCAGAUACGCAGACAUGUCACCAAUAGUAUCCGGUUAUGCAAGGGUUCCUUUCCAUGUUAUUUUGUCACUGAUAUAGCUACAUUCGCUUUGCCUGCUGAGGUAGAGGAUUUACCAAGCAUUGUGCAAGAACAGCUAUUGGAGGAGUUACUAGAUAAGGAAGCUCAACAGCAAUUAGAAGGUGGUUGUGGAGAACCUCCAGCACUAAAUUGGUCUCUUGAAAUUACUGAGCGUUUAGGAAGUCGCUUACACGCGCUUUGGAAUAGAUCUGCCGGAGACUGUUUACUAGAUUCUGCAAUGCAAGCUACUUGGGGAGUUUUUGACCGGGAUAAUGCUUUAAGGAGAGCCCUUGCUGAUUCCUUACAACAAGCUGGUCAAUUCUUUUAUCCUCGAUGGAGAGAGUACGAAGCAUCUCAAGCAUCUCGAAUGUUAGAUUUUACAUUAGAAGAGACUCAAUGGCAAGAAGAUUGGGAAAGUUUAUUGGCAACUGCUGCGCAACCAGGAAGCGCGUUGGAACAAUUACAUGUAUUUGCUCUUGCCCAUAUCUUAAGACGACCUAUUAUUGUUUAUGGGGUUAAAUAUGUUAAAAGUUUUCGAGGCGAAGACAUAGGUUACGCAAGAUUCGAGGGUGUUUACCUUCCACUUUUAUGGGAACCAUCAUUUUGUAUUCGAUCGCCUAUUGCUUUGGGUUAUACGCGGGGUCAUUUUACAGCUCUCGUACCUAUCGAGCCAUACGCGUCAUCUAGAAUACCACCAAUUUCAUCCCAUGGCGGCGUAGGUUUAGUUGGCGGUAAUAGUCCACUUCAACAGUUGCAAAUAGAAAUGCAGACUACGUUUAUGCCGUUGAUGGACCGAGAACACAAACUGUUGCCAAUCCAUUUCUUGAGUCCAGAAGAAGUCGGUCGGGAGGAAACCAUUUUGAAGGAAUGGCUCGACGUGUGUAGAACCGAAGGUGGUGUACUUGUCGCGCAACAGAAACUUCAUAAAAGACCCUUACUCGUAGCACAAAUGUUAGAGGAAUGGUUGAAUCAUUAUCGAAGACUCGCUCAAACGAACAAUGCACCCUUCCUGAGACCGCCCGUACUACAAGAUUACAGCAGCGAUGGCGACACGGAGGACGAAUAACGGGGUGCAAUCGGUUAUGUUAACUAAAUUCACACGAGAAGACUUUUUUCCAUAAUUUCGCUGGAGUGGCAAUCACAACGCAAGAUCUCUAAGGUCCGUAGUGUGUGGACUUCGUGACACAUUCGUAUUUAUUGGCGCUGUAUUACUAUUGCGUAAUUUUUGUACAUCAUUGUUGGUCGACGAACCAAUCCGAAUUCUUUUUGAUUCGUACUAUUAAUUAUACAAAAUAUUUAUGAUUUAAUUUGAGUAUUUUAUAAUAACUUAUGAUUAAUCUACAGAAGCAUCGUACGAUAGCGAAACGAAGCAAACGGUCGGUCAAUCAAAUUUAAAUUUCGUGUACGAGCAGCAAGUUAAGGAAUGAUAUUUUGUUCUGGUCAAAAGUGCUUUUGAUUCUUCGAUGGGCUCCUGUACGAUAAAGCCCAUCGAAAGAACACGGUUAUGUACUAUGUAGAAACUAUAUAUGUAUAAUAUUCAUUUUCAUAACGUAUUUAUAACGGGACGUUAUAUUGAGCGUAAUAAGUGCUCACCGAAUAUUUUGGAUUUGCAAUUCGGCGUGAUACGAGUAUCGGAUGAACAAAAAAAUUACACAUUUAAUUAGUGUAAAGUCGUUAUGCUUUCGGAGUUCAUUUGUUUUUCUCUGCAAAUAGGGCAUAUUCGCGCUAGGAGAAAGCGUAAACACAUUAUACUCGGAAAGGAAAUUAAGGAUAAAAGAAUUCUCGGGUGUUAGUUGCGAAAGAGAUAUUUGUUCGUGAAAAAUGGAGCAUAAUUAUAAGAAAUGUGUAAAAACAGAAAAAAAAAUAAAACAAAAGACCGUCGUCGCCACUUAUUGUCUGAUCAAGCGUGAAAGUACUUGGUGACUCCGGUACAGACCAUGUGAUUUUUAAAGAUUGUAAAUAAGGACCGAAGAAAUAUUCUGUAAUCGUCUUUGAAUCACUUGUUAUCUUUGAGCUGUGUUAAUAAGCGUAAAAUGCGAAUACAACAACGACACAUCCCUCUGGCAAGAGGGAGCGUUGUGAUUUCUUUGUGGCCGCUUCUGGUGUAUUAACGGAAUAAUUACGAAGUACCAGUUAAA